GAUUUCCCAGGUGGGAUUGUGCUGAGUGAGGCUUCAGACUGGGAGGCUGGCCUGAAAGCAGAGCUCCAUGAGGGCGUGGCUCCAAAACUGCUAGCAAAUAAAAGCCUGGAGAGCAGGCGCUAGUCUGGAGACCAGCAGGAGGCACAGGGAGCCUGCAAGCCACUCUGUUCCUGGCCUUGGAAGUGAUGCCCAUGGCGUCCCCCCAAACCCUGCUCCUCUGCCUGCUAGUCCUGGCAUUUACCGAAGGCCAGGAUCAGGAGACAGCCAUCCCAGGCUGCCACUUGCACCCCUUCAACGUGACAGUGCGAAGUGACCGCCAAGGCACCUGCCAGGGCUCCCAUGUGGCACAGGCCUGUGUGGGCCACUGUGAGUCCAGUGCCUUCCCUUCCCGGUACUCAGUGCUGGUGGCCAGUGGCUAUCGACACAACAUCACCUCCAUCUCCCAGUGCUGUACCAUCAGCAGCCUGAAGAAGGUGAAGGUGCAGCUGCAGUGUGUGGGGAACCGAAGGGAGGAGCUCGAGAUCUUCACAGCCAGGGCCUGCCAGUGUGACAUGUGUCGCCUCUCACGCUACUAGCCUAGCCUCUUCACUCCUUCCUCCCUGGGGUCCCAGGGGUUGUCACUCUGGUGGGAAAAACCUGGGUCUGGGAUUUAAAAACUGGAAGGAGCUCUGCUGGUUACUUGCUAUGUGAUUUUUUUUUUUUUUUUUUUUUUUUUUUGGAGACAGAGUCUCUACUGUUGGUAGAGUGCCAUGGCAUCACAUCUCACAGCAACCUUCAGCUCUUGGGCUUAAGCGAUUCUCUUGCCUCAGCCUCCCAAGUAGCUGGGACUACAGGCAUCCACCACAAUGCCCGGCUAUUUUGUUGUUGCAGUUGUCAUUGUUGUUUAGCUGGCCUGGGCUGGGUUCAAACCGCCAGCCUGGGUAUAUGUGGCCAGUGCCCUACCCACUGAUCUAUGGGCACCACCCAAAACAUAUGUGCAUCCCUGGGUGGGCUCGAACCACGAACCUUUCAGUUAACAGCUGAACACACUAACUGCGCCACAGAGACAUUGUUAAUUAUGGGAUUUUUUUUUUAAAUGAAGGGGUUUCUCUAGCUCUGCCUCUUUUACAGUUUUGCAACAGUCCCCUCCUGGGAAGAGAGAAGAUU